GUGUCGAGUUGUGUUCUCGCUGGCCAACAGUGCCAGUGAAAAUUAUGUGGACAAAUUCCCUCAAUUUACCAUGCUUUAUUGUCGUGUGACCAGUGCCUUGUUGAGUGCUUAGCAUCCACAGAUUUGUCAAUUAAGAAGUGCAUAUUAAAUACCAUUCUUCCGCUGAUUUACGGGUGUUCUCAUUGCUGAUUUCCCGCCAAAAUGUCGCAGUGUCGAGAUUCUGUGGACAUUGUCUUCGAGGACGUGAAGUACUCAGUCGCGGUGGCCCGGCAAAAAGAAAAGAAGGAGAUCCUGAAGAAAGUGACGGGAAAGUUCAAUUCUGGUGAGCUUACGGCAAUCUUGGGUCCAUCGGGAGCGGGAAAGUCGAGCCUUCUAAAUGUCCUGACGGGAUUCAUAAAGCAAGGCGUUGAGGGCCAUGUGAUGUUCUCAGAUGGCAAGAAAGCGGUGAAGCUGAAGAACAACCGCAGUUACAUCCUGCAGGAUGACAAUCUCUUUCCUUGGUACACCGUGAAUGAGACCAUGAUGCUCGCGUGCCAGCUUAAAGUCGCUAACGUGAGCCUGCAAUCGCGUCAGAAAAUGAUUGAUAAUAUUCUCAAGACCCUCCAGUUGCUUCACACGAAGAACACGAGAUGCAAAAAUAUCUCCGGAGGCCAGAAGAAGAGACUCUCAAUUGCUCUUGAGCUCAUCGACAAUCCGUCUGUGUUAUUCCUCGAUGAGCCGACAACGGGCCUCGACAGUUCAUCAUCGGCGCAAUGUGUGAGGCUGCUGCAGAAUCUGUCACGCGAGGGACGGACAAUUGUUUGCACGAUCCACCAGCCAUCGGCCAGCAUUUACAACACCUUUGACCACGUCUAUAUCAUGGCUGAGGGACAUUGCGUAUAUCAGGGCAGCGCCAACAAUACCGUGGCUUAUCUCAGCUCACUGGGACUGCAUUGUCCUCAGUAUCACAGCCCGGCAGACUACAUAAUUGAAGUCGCGAAUGGAGAUUAUGGGAAUUUUACACACACGCUGGCCAAAGCCGCCACGGACAAUCGAUGGCGAUCCUCACAGCUGUGCAUCAUGGAUAGGGCAAUUGGAGAGAAGACCAAUAGAUCCAGCUUCGUCAGUGACAGCAGCAAUAGCAGCUCGGAAAACACUCCCUCAACAACCUCCAUCACGAGCAGCAAACACAUCGAGAGACCCUCGGAAUGGCACCGUCUGAGGAUACUGAUGUAUCGCUGCCGGCUGCAGUGCUUCAGAGACUGGACUGUAACGCACUUAAAGGUCCUGUGUCAUGUUCUGUGUGCGACUCUGAUUGGCCUCAUGUAUGGCGAUUCUGGCGUGAAUGCCACAAAGUCCAUCAACAAUGUUGGCUUCCUGAUAAUUGGUGUGGUUUAUCUGUGGUACACAACCAUGAUGCCGGGUGUCCUGAAGUUUCCAUCGGAAAUUGCCGUUCUGAAGAAGGAAACUUUCAAUGGGUGGUACAAACUGCGAACCUACUAUUUCGCCACAAUUGCAGUAAUGGCGCCAAUUCAUAUUAUGUUUGCCGUUCUGUACUCUGUGAUAGCGUUCCUCAUCACUCAGCAGCCCCUGGAGACGAUGCGACUGUUCAAGUUCGUCCUCAUUUAUGCAGUCGCCACGAUAACAGCGGAUGGGUUUGGCAUCUUCCUGGGCACGGUGGUUAAUCAGGUGAAUGGCACAUUCUUCGGUGCUAUUGGCACAUGCUUCCUGCUGGUCUUCUCCGGCUUCCUGGUCAUGUUCAACCACAUGCCCGAAGUGAUGAGGAUUCUGUCCUACUUCUCCUUCAAGCGCUAUACCCUUGAAGGCCUGGUCUUGGCCAUCUACGACAACAACAGGUCCAGUCUGUGGUGUCCAGACACCGAGCUGUACUGCCACUAUCGCAAUCCCAUGUACCUCAUCAAUGAACUUGGCAUGACGCCCAAGAACUUCAACUUUGACCUCUCCAUGAUGAUCAUUCAGAUGUGUGCCAUCAAGACGCUGACGUACUUCACGCUCAAGCGCCGAAUGACCAACUAGGGAUAGUAUUUAAGAGGACAUGCUACCUAUUCACCGGUUUCAGUGUGACUCACGUGCAAAGUGUGUGAUUUGUAUUAAGAUGCCAACGUGAUUUUAGUGAAAUGUAUAGAUUUUUUGGACUUUCACUUUUUGUGAGGUAUUUUUUUU